AUGACAAGCACCGGACCUGUCAUCGUGUUUGAGUGGCUGAAGACCCUCCAGCUCUCUCAGUAUGUGGAGUUCUUCGUGGAUAACGGUUACGAUGAUCUGGAAGUUUGCAAACAAAUUGGAGACCCCGACCUGGAUGCUAUCGGUGUCUACAUACCGCACCACCGGCAAAGGAUCCACGACGCGGUGCAAAGGCUGAAAGACGACGAUAAGGAGACUGCAGCGGGGCUGUACUUUACACUUGAGCCGAUGCCCCCCGCGUCCGAAAUGUGUCCUAGUCACCUGGUGGACCAGUACGAGUCUAAACUCCGGGGGUCCAAGUCUUGGACCGAACCGAAUAGUGACCGGGUCGGGAGGAAUGGGGGCGCGUAUCUGGGCGCGCAGAGGAACCUGACGCUUGGCAACCGGAGGGAGCUGGUGAUUUACCCCAAACUGAAGCUGAAGAUCAUGAUCAGGGAUAAAGUCAUCAGAGAUGGAGUCAACCUUGCCAGGCCACCAUACUCAAACAAGGAUGGUUCUCUGGGGAACAUUGAUGACCUGGCCCAGGAGUAUUCUGAGUACUACAACACCUGCUUCAGUGACGUCAGCGACCGCAUGGAGGAGCUACGCAAGAGACGUGUGUCCCACGACCUCGACAUGGAGGAAGUUGACACAAGCCCCACCUCUCUGCAGCUUCGCUCGGAGAUUCAGGAGUCCCUUGGUUUCAGCAGUGAGGUGUCCACUCCAGAGACCGAGAGAAAGAUGUCUCUGCACAAGUCCAGCUCUGAAGAGGGCUCUGGAGGUAAAUGGGACAAUAAGAAGAAGAACAAAUCCUUCUGGCAGAAUUUCCGCAAGACGUCUCAGAAGGGAGUCAUGCAGCAGACGUCAAAAGGAGAGGACAUAGGCUACGUGGCCAGUGAGAUCACCAUGAGUGAUGAAGAGCGCAUCCAGCUGAUGAUGAUGGUGAAGGAGAAAAUGAUCACUGUGGAAGAGGCUUUAGCUCGGUCUCGGGAGCAGUCUGAUGAUGAGCAGACAGAGGACUCAAUGAAGUUCAAACGGCUCCACAAGCUGGUCAACUCUACCCGCCGCGUCAGGAAGAAACUCAUCAAGGUGGAAGAGGGCAAGAAACGCGGCUCCGAAGAUUCUCUGAGCUUGGAGGCAUCUCCUACAUGUGAGGACAACACAGCCCUGUACACAGGGGUCCUGAAGAAGUCCAGCCUGCCCCAGGAUGCAUCCAUGUCCUCCCUGACCCAGGACCAGCUCUCUCUGGAUGGGGACACAGACAGCUUGACCACCUCCCCUUCCUCCAGCAGCCUGGACACUACCUGGUCCGGACACAAGCUGGUCAAGGCCUUCUCUAAGUCCAGCAGCACCCACGGCCUCAUCCGGCCUCCCAGGAGACUCCCUGCUGGGCCUGAGGGUUUGGGAGCCGCCGGAGUGGGAGGUAGUGGAUCCUCCUUCUCGGAGCUGGACGGCUGUGGUGCCGAGGCCGAAGAGAAGGUGUCACACUCCAUGACGGAGGGCGAGAUGCGGAAAGCCCUGAUCUCUCUCUCCCAUGGGAGGACAUGUAGUUUUGGAGGGUUUGACCUGUCCAACAGGUCACUCCAUGUGGUCAGUGGAGGCUCGGAGCCCAAUAGUAAGGAUCCAGAGGCUGUAUACCGGGAGGUAGUCAAGUCUCCCAACACGUCUCGUAUCUCUCUGGGGAAGAAGGUCAAGUCCGUCAAAGAGACCAUGAGAAAACGCAUGUCCAAGAAGUACAGCAGCUCACUGUCUGAACAGUCAAGCCCAGACGGGACUCCCAGCUCCCCCCAGUCCCCUCAGCCAGACACAGACUCUCUGGAGAAACCCAAGCUAAAGGCUGGAGGAUCAGUGGAGAGCCUCCGGAGCUCCCUCAGUGGGCAAAGCUCCAUGAGUGGUCAGACGGUCAGCACCACAGACUCGUCAGCCAGUAACAGAGAGAGUGUUAAGUCUGAGGAUGGAGAUGACGAGGAGCCUCCCUACAGAGGGCCCUUCUGUGGCAGGGCGCGAGUACACACUGACUUCACCCCUAGCCCCUACGAUUCCGAUUCCCUCAAACUAAAGAAAGGGGAUGUGAUCGACAUCAUCAGUAAGCCACCCAUGGGGACGUGGAUGGGCCUGCUCAAUAACAAGGUGGGCACCUUUAAGUUCAUCUAUGUGGACGUGCUGAGUGAGGAGGAGGAGAAGCCCAAAAGACCCGUGAGGAGGAGGAGGAAGGGCAGACCUCCCAAACCCACCUCUGUAGAAGAGCUGCUGGAACGCAUCAACCUCAAGGAGCACAUGCCUACCUUCCUGUUUAAUGGCUAUGAGGACCUGGACACCUUCAAGCUGCUGGAGGGGGAGGAUCUAGAUGAGCUCAACAUCAAGGACCCUCAACACAGAGCUGUGCUGCUCACCGCUGUGGAGCUACUGCAGGAGUAUGACAGCAGCAGUGACCCUGAGCGGAGCGGCCUGUCAGGCUCUCAGGAGAAGCUGCUAUCAGAUGGCCACAUCCUGGUGGGCGACUCACCACGUGACUCUGGCUGCUAUGAGAGCAAUGAGAACCUGGAGAAUGGCAAGAGCAGGAAGACAUCUCGCUCCAACCGCUCCUCUGCGGGCCUUCAGUCCCCAGACUACCCCACCCUGCCCAUGACCCAGUCCACUGAGGCCCUGCAGCAGAGCAAGCUGGAGCGCACAGCCAAGUUCACAAAGCACUUCUUCCUCAAGCCCACCCUGAGGGGCUUCAGCCUGCUGGGGCUGAGGAAGGGCCCCCGCCGGACCCGGACCCCGAUGCCGGCCAGCCGCAGCUGUGAGGACCUGGACGGGCCCCCGGAGGCUACCGGCCCCCGGGCCUGGAAGAGAUCCCACUCCCUCGGGGACCUCCACUGGGAGCAGGCCUUCGACCAGAAGAAGGACUACAGCCUGGAGCUCAAGCCCGCUAAAGGUGUCUCCAAGUCGGGUAACAGCAGCAGGGUGAAGGGCCUCCAGGGUCAUGGAGAUGGGGGUUCAUCACUGGCUCAGAAUGGAGGGAGUGCUGUGAGCCCUAAAGGGCGUUCUGACCAACCCCCUGUGCCCUCCCAGCUGCCCCUCAGACCUCCCUGUCCCACCGCACCGCUUCCCCAGCCCCAGGAGACCCUCCCCAGCCCGCUCCCCAGCCCUCCUGAACCCCAGCUGAGGGAGAGGAGCAUCCGGACUCACCCCAAAAAGCCCCCAGUGCCCCCUCCCGUUCCAGUCAAGAAAUCCAAGGAGCGCCUGGCCAAUGGGAUACGCCACCGCUCCCUUGUCCUUUCCUCCCCCACUCAUUCCUAUACCUCCACACACUCUCAUCCCCCCAGCCCUGUCAUCAGCAGCCCCAGUGCUCCAGCCCUCCCCAGUAAGGCCUCCAGUACCCCUGCCUCCCCCUCUCCAGCCAGCACCUCUCCAGCCUCCCCUGCCUCCACCACCGCCACCACCGGCUGUCCAGAGCCAGAGGAACCAGGCACCCCCCCAGCCGUGCCCCCUCCCUGGCUGUCUGACCUGCCCGAGACGGCCUGCCCCCAGGCUCAGAUCCAGGGCGGUGGUGGCAAGAUGGUGGUGGCUAGGAAGGUGUCCUAUGCUAAAAUGGCUGUCGAUCUCCACAGCGUGCUGGAGCAGAGACUGGAGGCCGAGGGCAUCGACCUCACAGAGGAACCCUACUCAGACAAACAUGGUCGGUGUGGUAUCCCCCAGCCCCUGAUGCAGCGCUACAGUGAGGACUUGGAGCAGCCAGUGAAGGAUGUGGCCUCCAACAUGGACCAGGUUCGCGUCAAGCAGCUCCGCAAGCAGCACCGCAUGGCUAUCCCGUUUGGAGGUUUGACAGAGAUGUGCAGGAAGCCACUCUCCCCAGGUCACGUGAGCACCGUCUCUGAUUGGCUCGUGUCCAUCGGCCUACCCAUGUACGCCACACCGAUGGCAGCUGCAGGAUAUGACACGUUGGGACGUGUGUCCUCUCUCACAGAGAGCAGUGUGUGGGAAGCGGGGGUGCGGGACGAGAGGCACGUCCGUAGACUUGUGAGCGAGGCCCGAUUGGUCAGCGCACACAGAGACGGACAGUCGUAACCGUGACAGUGGAGCCCAUGCAGGUGUAACUGGGACAGUUGAACGGCUACGGCACAGUUGAGACUAAAGCACAGUUGCAAAUAAAUGCAGAACUGAAUAACUGCGACAGUGACCACAGCACAGCUUCCAGCACCUAUUGAGACUUUUGACUGGACUACGGAGUGCGGGUGGUUUGCAGUUGCAGCCCAGCUAACGCUUGAGACUUAUGAGCAGCAACCUGUUCUUAUGCCCCCGUCUUUAUCAAUAUGUCUCUCUUUCUAUUCCUUUCUUUCAGAUGUUUACGGUGAGAUUGUUCCGACUGCCGAGAACAGUUAUCAGAUGCCUUUAAAACUGACUGUUCCCUUCUGAAACAUCCCCCCAGUCUUAAAAUACUGAGAACUGCCUUUGAGGAAAUUAGCACACUUUUCUUAGACUCUUUUUUAAAACUCUCCUUUUAAAGACUAAAUUAUGUUUUUUUUCUGUGUUUCAGAAGUGUUUGCUUUGUAUCUCUUGUGCAAGAGAAAAGCACUAGAGAGUAGUAAGAGGAUGUAGCUUGGCCAAAGCAAUUUCUUUCAAUGUGCAGAUUUCACCUUUGUUGUUAAUCCCAUUGCUAAAUGCUACAGUAGAUUGGAGAACAUGGUUUAUUGCAGUUAACACAAAAAAAUAACAAAACAUGAAAUAGGCAAACAUUGCUGUUAUAUUAAGAUUUAAAUCCUUAUUUUCUAUCAUGCUAUAGUGUUUUUGUAAUAUACUGUACCAUAUAUUUUAAUUUCAUGGUGUUUUUACAGUAUGUGUUCAAUAAGUAUUGUGUGUCUGCUUUGUGGAAUGUCAAAGUCUGAAUGUCAGUCAUUGUAAGUAUAAACAGUCAGACAGAUCUCGACAUGAGUUUAUACAGUAUUUCAGAUUACAUUGCAGAUUUCAAAACAUAUCUUGGUUGCAUGUAAUCCUCCAAUAUGUAGGUCCUUACAACAAGACUAUCUACACAGUACCGCUCUAAUAAUCUUCCAUGGGAGAUCAGCUUUUCUUUGCAGACAAUAUCGUCUCCAUAUAUCUAUCCAGGCUCAUUUUAAGUUGCCUAACCAUUAUGUUAAAAAAACAAUUAGAUUAAUACGUAUUCAUGUACUCAGCAUUAUAAAUACAGUAGGCAUUUCAACCCCCAUCUUUGACUAAGGCUUGAUUCCUCAAAGCCUCACCGGGCCAAAAUGUUUUGAAUGUGCUUGUAAUGACAGUGAUUGUUAGUAGAAGACACACACACAUGCACACACACGCUAGCAGCCACAUAGCUCUGUCGGGGGUGUCCUUGCUGUUCUUGUUAAGCACAGAUGUUGAUCCACAUGAAGUCUAAUUUAAACACAGUGUUCAACAGCCAGCCAUAGACCAGCUCAGUACUGCAGACCACAGAGACAGACUGAGACAUGAUGUAGAUGAUCCACUCAGAAGGAGGGGCAAAGAGGAGGACUACAGCUGUUCCACAGAGACCCAGCUAACAGCUGGUUUAUCAUGUCCGUCUGAGCCUCUCUUGGAAGAACAAGAACAAGAACAAGAAUAAGAAGAAGGGGAGUGUCUUAGAGAGAGACACAGUCAGGGAGUACAGAUGAGAAUGGGAAUGUACUGAAUCUCCAUUCACUGACCAGCAGACCAGACCUGUGAGUCCCUAGCAGUGGAUUCCUAGUCCAAGACCGGUGUGAGUGGAUCCACCUACGUAAUGUCAUUCUAGUUAUGUGAAGUACUUCAUAUUGCAAACAAUAUUCAAGUCUUAUCCCUUGUCUCGGGUUUCAAAAUACAAGUUUGCAGAGUGGUGUAACACAGGGGGGCUUUUGCAGUGGACACUCGAUAGAAGUUUGAUGCCUUUUCUCUUCAAUCAUAGUGGUGCUCCAGGUUAGCUAGGGAGACACUUGUAGGGGGAGUUUUUAAAGAAACAAAAAUACCUAAAAUUUAAGAUGUAAAAAAUACUGUCACUGUAAAAUGCACUUUAGAAAGUAAAUAAAAAAUGUUUAAGCAAAAUUGGCAAAAUGUUCUUUAAGUCUGUAAGCAGACAUUUGUUUUCAGGUAAUGUAAAGGGUUUGAUUGAAUGGGUUAUACUGGGAUUUAGUUAUCUUAGUAUAGUUCCCAAUGCCAAGUCAAUGUACAAAUGUAAUUAAUAAUAGUUCAUGAAUUAACCUGUUCCAAUGACUUAACUUCCAAUUUACUUUUGCAGUCUUACAGAAAACGUAAUUACAUAUAUGAAAUGGUUAACAAGAGUUACACAUUCUGUAUAUGUAAUUGGUAUUUAAAUAACUUAUUUUGGGGCUUUUCAUAUCAACUGUAAUUAUUAGCUGUACUAUACAAAUAGCAAUACCUUCCUGCAAAUUGCAUUAGCCAGUGAAAAGCUACAGUGUUAUUGUAAAAUAUAAGUGUACAAAUGAUUUAAUUUGGUUUCAACUAGCUAAUGAUUGUCUAUAAAGAUUUUCUUGUGUAUUGAAACAAAAAAUGAUGUCUAACUAUUUGUCAUUCUGAAAUAUAAUAAAAACGCUAUCGCCAUGC